UGGUUACUCUCUUGGCUGUUCUGCACAAGAUCUGAAAGGCAUUUAUCCCCAAGGGAAGCAGUUAUUUCAGAUUUUACUAAGAAGUCAGUUAACAUUUCUCAACAAUCCUCUUUGUUUUAAAGAAAGCUCUGGUUUUGUUUCAUUUUCAGCUGGAGACUUAAAUGACACCAAGCAAAACCUACUUAGUUUAGAAUUUCAGAAAUUGGAUGGUGAAAAAGCAAGCAUGAAAUUUGCAGGUUUGCUUUGUUUCCUUCUGCUUAUCAUUUUUCAAACUGAUUAUGGACGAAAUGAAGAAACGCCUAGGAAGCAGCGGAGGAAGGCGUAUUACAGGAGACUGAGGAAAAGUUCCUCGCCUGCCCACAGGGCUGGUGGGCAGCUGGGGAUCCAGCAGGCGAUGGUCACACCAGCAGCAACAAUGCCUGCGCUGACCUUGGAUUACAGCACAGAGGAAAAGUCUGACUCUGACUCCUCUCCAAGUUUUCUUGGAGUAGAAUCAAGUUAUAAUGUGUUGCCAGGAAGGCAGGGUCACUGUCUGGUCAAUGGGAUGACCAUGUACAACCGAGCUGUGUGGUCUCCUGAGCCGUGCACUACCUGCCUCUGCUUGAAUGGAAGAGUGCUUUGUGACGAAACUAUGUGCCACCCUCUGACGUGCCCCCAAACAGUUACCCCCGAAGGAGAGUGCUGCCCAGUCUGCUCUGACGCUGCAACCUCCCAUGGUACAGCAUUAAGUGAUAGAAGUGAAUUUUCUGGUGAUUCUUCAGAACAAAGAGAACCUACCAACUUACCUCGCAAGCAACUGCCACCUCGUCGGGUGGAAAUGGACCAAGUGUUGCAAAAAGAGGAACUUCAGUUUGAGGAGGAUGAAGAAGAAAGUAAAGAAGAUGAAGAUAGGGAGCAAAAGAAACAGACCCCUGAACCUGGAGAGCAGGGGAGACCUCUCAGUGAGGGGCAGAACAGAGGAGAGGCAGAGGAGAGAUCCCGAGCAGAGGGGAGGCGGGUCCAUCAACAAAGACAUCCAGCAAGGGAGGAGGAAGAGGAGGACGAGGAAGAUGAGGAGGGGGACGAAGAGGAGGAGGAGGAGGAGGAGGAGCAUGAUGGCACCCUUAGAGGAGACGUGUUCAGGGGGCCCUCCAGACCCCUGGCCCCCCCUCCUCGCAGAGGCAGGCCGCCUCUGCCCAGCGGGUGCUCCUUGUCCUACAGGACCAUCAGCUGCGUCAGCGCCGGCCUCACACAGAUACCACCGCUCACAGCACCAGAGAUAACAAGCCUGGAGCUCAUUGGCAAUGCCAUCACCAGCGUUCCCGACGGAGCCUUCAACGGACUGCUGAAUUUGGAAAGGCUCGAUCUGAGCAAAAACAACAUCACCUCCGCAGGCAUCGGUGCAAAAGCAUUCAAGCUUCUGAAGAAAUUAAUGCGCCUGAAUAUGGAUGGAAACAAUCUGGCAGAGAUUCCUUCAGAAUUACCAUCUGCAUUAGAAGAACUUAAAAUCAAUGAGAACAACCUGCAGGCUAUCAAUGAAGAAAGCUUAUCAGACCUAAAUCAACUGGUCACCUUAGAGCUGGAAGGAAACAAUCUCAGUGAAACCAAUGUGAAUCCCCUGGCUUUCAAAUCUUUGAAGAGCCUAUCCUACCUGCGUCUUGGAAGAAAUAAAUUCAGAAUUAUACCACAGGGCCUUCCUGCUUCUAUUGAGGAAUUAUACCUAGAAAAUAACCAAAUUGAAGAAAUAACUGAGAUCUGUUUCAACCACACCAGAAAGAUCAAUGUCAUUGUGCUACGUUAUAAUAAAAUUGAGGAAAGCAGGAUUGCUCCUCUAGCCUGGAUAAAUCAAGAAAAUCUAGAGUCCAUCGACCUCUCCUACAACAAGCUCUACCACGUCCCCUCCUACCUGCCCAAGUCCCUGCUGCACCUCGUGCUCCUUGGGAACCAGAUCGAGCGCAUCCCUGGCUACGUGUUUGGCCACAUGGAGCCAGGCCUGGAGUACCUGUACCUGUCAUUUAACAGACUCUCGGACGACGGUGUGGACCGAGUCUCCUUCUAUGGGGCGUAUCAUUCUCUGAGAGAGCUGUUUCUGGAUCACAAUGACUUAAAAUCUAUACCACCUGGAAUACAGGAAAUGAAAGCACUACAUUUUCUGAGGCUGAACAACAACAAGAUACGGAAUAUUCUUCCAGAACAAAUUUGCAACGCUGAAGAAGAUGGUGAUUCAACCCUGGAGCAUCUUCAUCUUGAAAACAAUUUUAUUAAAACAAGAGAAAUAUCAUCCUAUGCAUUUUCAUGCAUAAGAUCAUACUCAAGUAUAGUUCUUAAACCACAAAACAUCAAGUAAUUCCAGGUUUUUGUUCACCACUUCUAACCUGUCCUCUUACAUUUGCGGCAGCAGCAUCUGUCAUUGACAAGUGAGACCCCACCUGACUUGCCACCCCACAGAGAAACGACCAAAACAUGCCCCACGUUUCCUUCUCCAGCACUUUUAGUGAAAGUUUCAGCUUCACACUCCAGAAAAGAAGUCCUCUCCCUGCAAGCUUUUUUACAGAACAGGAUGUUAUUCACUGUUCACUUAGACUGGGAAAAAUCCAGAGCAAAAUAAGUAAUGACCUUUACAACUGGCCUGAGUAUUGCUAUUAACUGGGACCCUCAAAGCCCCUUUAAAAAUCAUUUGUGUUAUGGUUCAAGAGCAAGAAGUGUACGACAGGAAAAAAUAAUAGCUGGAAUUUAUGAAUUAGUGUUCUGUUAGUUAUCCUACUGUUAAAACAAUAAUCUAUUCAUUUUCUAUAAGAUCCUAUGCUACAAUUAUUGUAUAAUAUACUUAAUGAUUGGCUUUGCUCUAAUUCUUCUAAUAAUCACACAUGUGAAAUUAAAACACUACUGUCACGUAAUUUCCUGGUUUUGAGAAUUGUAGUAUGUUUACAUAUUGGUUUUUAACAUUAGAGGAAGCUGGGAGGAAGGUAUAUGUGAACUCUACACUAUUUUUGAAACUUUUCUGCAAGUCUAAAAUUUGUGUCAGUCUAAAAAAAUUUAAGAAUAUGCUCAUUAUUCUUUAUUCAAGAUCAAAAGAUUUUAUGGAAAGUAGUGGAGUUUGUUUAAAAGAUACGAAUUGUCCUUGCUACAACCUUAUAAAUAUAAACCUAAGCACGCGUUUUUGAAAAUUUUUGCUCCAUUGGUCAUUGUUAGCACCUACCUUCUUUGCCCUAACGGGCUCACAAGUAUCCUUUUAUUCAGUUCAAUUUAACAUAAAGCUCUUAGCAUUUACUAUGUACUAGAACCUAUCAAAACCAUAUGCUAUUAAAAUUUUCAUUAUGUAA